GCCGGGGCCGGCGGCGGGCGGGUGGCUGGCAGCGUCCUGCUGCCACCAGACUCGUGGUACACGGCAGAGCCACACCGGGCUAUCGCGUCCCUUCCCUGGCUGUCCGGCGGGGGAAGCACCUGGGUGAGCGGCUAGAGUGGUGCAGGGUCAAGAAGCCUUUUGGGAAGGCUUUCAAGAGGAAGAGCUAGUAGACUGCUCUGAAGUUGAUAUAAGCUUCUCUGAGAAAAAGACAAGGGCCUGGAGGACCUCUAAAAGAAAUUUAACAGUUUUCAGAUACCUGCAUUGAAUCUCGGCUGCGUGUUUGUGUCAGCUGCUGCAGAGCAAAUUAGCAGACAUGUCCAUAGCACUCAAGCAAGUCUUUAACAAAGACAAGACUUUCCGCCCCAAACGCAAGUUUGAACCUGGAACCCAGAGGUUUGAACUUCACAAACGAGCACAGGCCUCUCUGAACUCAGGUGUGGACUUGAAAGCGGCUGUGCAGUUGCCAAAUGGAGAAGACCUAAAUGACUGGGUGGCUGUCCAUGUAGUUGACUUCUUCAAUAGGAUCAACCUCAUUUAUGGAACUAUCUGUGAAUUUUGCACAGAGAAGACCUGCCCAGUGAUGUCUGGAGGCCCUAAAUAUGAGUACCGGUGGCAGGACGACAUGAAGUACAAGAAACCCACAGCAUUGCCAGCACCCCAGUAUAUGAAUCUUCUCAUGGAUUGGAUUGAGCUUCAAAUCAACAAUGAGAGUAUAUUUCCUACGAAUGUAGGUGUUCCCUUCCCAAAGAACUUCCUUCAGGUGUGCAAGAAGAUACUCUGCCGGCUUUUUCGAGUGUUUGUCCACGUCUACAUCCAUCACUUUGACCGUAUCAUGCUCAUGGGGGCUGAGGCCCACAUCAAUACCUGUUACAAGCAUUUUUAUUACUUUGUGACAGAGCUCAACCUCGUAGACCGCAGAGAGCUAGAGCCUUUGAAAGAGAUGACAGCCAGAAUGUGUCACUGAAAAGCUACCCACUGAAGAAAGGCAAAGUCCAAUUUCCUUCUUACUGCUGAGUGCAAGAAUGUGACAGCCCUCAUAGGCUGAGCCUGCUUGUUAAUCCUUGGAAGCAGGAAAGUUGGGAACUACAGUUACUUCACAAAUGCUUCCCACUACUGUCAUUGUUCUUAACCCUGAAUAUGCUGCUCGGAACCUCACCUGAGUGACAUGGACUGCUGAGGAGUAAGAGAAUCAACUUCAUGUUGGUUCUAGCUCCUUCACUGGGGAAAUGAAGCUCUUCAGCUGUGAGCCAUGACUGAGUGUGUUCCUGCUGCUAAGCUUUACUGAAAUUCAGGUCCCUGGGCUGACCUCCAGAUUAGCUCUUUUGAAAUGACACUGUAUUGUCAGCUGCAAUGUUGUUUUCUUUUUCUAUUGUUUCUUGGUAUGUUCUUUGUUCUCUGAGUGCAGCAGAAUGUCAAGAGCAUCGAAUGCAGAAGACUUUUAGCUUUUAAUGCACCCACCCCUCACCAGGCCACCUGAGGCUUGGCCACUCUUCCCAAAUGCCAGUGAGCCUUGUGUUUCCAGGAAUACAGCCAUGUCCUUCAGCUGAUCAGGCAGUUUGUGCUUCAUUGUGACUCAUAACUGGGUAAGGAUGGGACAGUUUCUGAUCUCAAUUAUACAAGUAGGGGUCCAGAUACAGCUCUGCAAUGCUAAAGUAUUUCCUUUGAAUUCAUACUGUGACAGCACAUCUGCUUAGUAUCUCUGCAUAACAUAAAGAAGCAUCUAGAGCCAGCAUCAUCCUCUCAAGAGAAGGAUCCCUCUCAUUCACCUUGAAGGUUCACCUCUUCAGGGAAAAAAAAUAAUGUUAUUGACUGGGAGGAAGAUAUAGCAAAGAUGAGUAUAAAGGUUACAGCAGGAAGGACUAAGUGAAGGUCUCUGUUGCAUCCAAUGCCCAGCAGUGUGGCUUGCUUUCCACAGUGAACUAACACAAACUUUUUUUCCAGUACUUGGUUCAAUUUAACUAUCACAUGUAUGCACAGCCUGAAAGGAUCCACUGGAGCAAAUCAAGUCUUCUAUGCCAAAUAUGCCCUGAGAAGAGGCUUCCUUCUG